GUUUGUUCUGCGUGAUGUUGGACUGACGGCGGGAUAAUUGUGUUGUUGCGCUAACAGCUAACAGAUUAGCUUCAUUUCUCCGGUUAAAGCUUCGGGACUGCAGUCCAAUGGGAGACAGCGAUGACGAGUUCGACAGGAGGAGGCGGGACAAGUUCAGGAGAGAGAGGAGCGACAUGGAGCGGUCGAGAGAGCGAGAGGAGAGGAGGAGGGACGACUGGCCCGACAGGGACUGGGAGCGCGGCAGAGAGAGGAGGAGGGAUUACGACCGCGGCCGCAGAGAGAGGUUUUCUCCUCCUCGACACAUUAGCCCGCAGCACAAACGCAUGAGACGAGACUGGGACGACCACCGGGGGGAGCCGUACCGCUACGACCUUCCCUACGGAGGAGGGGGAGGAGGUGGAGGAGGAGGAGGGGGGCCGUUCCCAGGAGCGGGGCCUCAAGGAUGGCACCCUGACCUGCCUCAUAUGCACCCUCAUCAUGGUGGGCACCCGCUGCAGGGAAGGUUGGGGAUGGUGGAUCCAGAUCUGCCUCCUCCUGGUCCUCCAACCAUGAGGAGCUUUAAGGAGUUCCUGUUGAACAUGGAGGACAGCGUUGAUGAGACUGAGUCGGUGAAACGUUACAAUCAGUACAAACUGGACUUCAGGCGGCAGCAGCUUCAGGACUUCUUCCUGCAGCACAAAGACCAGGAGUGGUUCCGCUCUAAAUAUCAUCCUGAUGACAUCACGGCGAGGAAGACGGAGUCGCUGUCCGCCCUGAAGACCCGCCUCAGCGUCUUCCUCUUCCUGCUGGACAACAGCUGGCUGGACAACAUGUCUCUGGACAUGGAGCACGCUCCCGCCAUCAUCAAGCUGCUGGACGCAGCUGUGAUAAAGAUGGAGGGAGGCACAGACCUGGACCUGCAGGUGCUGGAGGUGCCGAGCGCUUCUGCUGCUGCGAGCGGCGGGGAGACGAGCGGAGCAGCAGCAGGAGGCGCAGGACCAGGAGGAGCAGCAGGAGGAGGCGCAGGACCAGGAGGAGCAGCAGCAGGAGGAGAGAAGAGUCAGAGCGAGCCCAGCGGAGGAAACGUCAACACUCAGAGCGUCGCUGAGACGAGCAGCAGCAGGAUGGACGAGACGAGCAGCGGAGAGACGGAGGAGACGAAAGAGACGGAGAAGGCCAGCGAGGAAGAAACCAAACAGAACGGAGAGAAUGAGAAAGACGAGGGGGAGGAGGACGAGGAGGAGGAGGAGGGGGAGGAGGAAGAGGAGAAGAAAGAUGAAGAGGAGGAGGAGAAGAAGACGACAAAGAAAGGCAGGAAGAGGAAACGCAGCGUGUCAGCUGACAGCGGCGAGGGCAGCGCCUCCGACUCUGACUCCUCCCACUCUGAGGGAGAGGAGAAGGAGGAAGAGGAGGAGAAGGAGGAAGAGGAGGAGGACGGAGAGGAGGAGCGGCGUAAAGAGCGAGGGAAGGAGAGAGUGAAGGAAAGAGGGAAGGAGAGAGAGAAGGAGAGAGAGAAGGAGGUUCCAGUGAAGCCCCGCCCCCUCCACCUGACCACCUCACUGUUCAUAAGAAGCAUCCCACCUGAGGUUUCUAAAGAGGAGAUCACUGCUUUGUGUCGCAGGUAUCCGGGCUUCCUGCGGGUGGCGCUGUCAGACCCUCAGCCUGAGAGGAGGUUCUUCAGACGCUGCUGGGUGACGUUUGACCGCAGUGUGAACAUCAAAGAGACCUGCUGGAACCUGCAGAACAUCAGGCUCAGAGACUGUGAACUGUCUCCGGUGGUGAACAGAGAUCUGUGUCGACGGGUCCGUAACGUAAACGGUCUGACGCACCACAAACCGGUGGUGAGGAACGACAUCCGCCUGUCUGCUCGACUCGUACACAGUCUGGACCAGAAGGGGGAGCUGUGGGCCGGACAGAUGGAGACUAACCCGGUCCUGAAGAACAUCACAGACUACCUGAUCGAGGAGGUGAGCGCUGAGGAGGAGGAGCUGACCGGAGCAUCGGGAGGCAACAGUGACGAGGCAGGGGGCGACGCCAAAGACCCCUCCUCCUCCUCCUCCUCUGAGGUUACCGUGGAGACGGAUGAAAAGCUGCUGAAGGUGUUGGACAGGCUGCUGCUCUACCUGCGUCUGGUUCACUCUGUAGAUUAUUAUAACUUCUGUGAGUAUCCUGCUGAGGACGAGAUGCCUCACCGCUGUGGACUGAUCCACGUACGAGGACCCCUACCUGUAGCCAAGAUCACUGCAGCAGAAGUGAGUGAACAUCAGAGGAUGUGUGAGGAGCGUCUGGCUCCUCUGCUGUCGCCCUCGGAGACGCUGAGCGAAGAAGAAGCUUCAAGACUGGGAAAGAAAGAGCCGGAACAGGAAGUGGAGAAGUUCCUCUCAGCGAACGCUCAGGAGCUCAGCAAAGAUAAGUGGCUCUGUCCUCUGAGUGGGAAGAAGUUUAAGGCUCCGGAGUUUGUGCGUAAACACAUCCUGAACAAACACGGCGACAAAGUGACCGCCGUCAGACAGGAAGUGGAGUUCUUCAACCACUUCCUGUUGGACGCCAAGAGACCCGCUCUACCUGAGAACAAGCCCCUCCCCCCGCCGGCACAGGGUCCUCCGAUGGGGAUUCCCUCCUUUCCUGGUCAGUCACAGCAGCAGCAAAGCCUGCUGGGAUAUCCACCUGGAGUCAGACCGCCCAUGCCCAACUUCCCCGGCGGCGGUCCUCACUACCCUCCCAACCAGUUUGGGGCGGGGCGCGGUAACUAUGACAACUUCAGAGGUCAUUUAGGAGGUGGAGGAGGAGGGUUUCCCGGGAAACAACGAAACAACAGGGGUGUGCGAGGUGACCCGCGGUCGAUCAUCGAGUACAGAGACCUCGACGCUCCGGACGAUCUCGACUUCUUUUAAACACGAAGUGAAACUACAAGAUGUUUUUUUUUUUUUUUUUUUAAUUAAACUUUUUUAUUCCUACAUUUCCUACAAUUCCUUUCACCUUCCCUCCAUCAUCUGUGUUAGGGUUUUUAUUUUUUCCUUUUUUUGAUUUAGGUGUGUGCGUGUGUGUGUUGGUGUGUGUGUGAGUGUGUCAGCAGGACCAAUGUAUGUCAGUCAUUAGAGAUGAUGAUGAUGAUGAUGAUGAUGAUGAUGAAGAUGAUCUGAUUCGUUACUUUCCAAUAAAGAUCAGUACAGGAA